CCAUAAUAAGUCACUAGAGGGCAACAUAUUCGCUACAUUUGCACACUCUGGUGUCAUGAGCAACGAAACAAAUUCAAAUAAGACGCACAGUACUAUUUAUGACCGUUAUGAGUUGAGAGUUCGCGCGAACAAAUAGGUAUGUUGUUUUUAGUUGAAGUAGUUUGCAUGUUUCAUCUUUAGGACAGAACAAAUAUAUAAUCAAGCAUUGAAAGAAAAAGAAACAAAGCUCAAAUGCGGCACUAAUGGAGCUAGAAAAGACAAUUCUAAUGUAAACUUUGAGUGCAUUUGUCAAUGGGUCUGACAAACUUUUCAAAGAGAAAAUGGAGUUUGAGGCGAAAUUAGCCAAAAGGAGGGAAGUCCAAGAGAAGAUAAUUGACAAGGCCAGACAGAUAUCUCAAAUAGAAAUGCAAUUGGAAGAAAAAUCACGAAGGUUGGAAGCAUCCAACAAAGAAAGAGACAUACUCGAGAAAGAACUCAUAACCACAAGAUCAGAAUUGGCAGGAGUUAAAAGAACAUUAGAAUUAGAACGUCAAGAAAGGAAGGAUUUAGAAACUCGUGCACUUGGACUGAUAAGAGAAGCUAAACGCAAGUGGGAAAAUGCAGAAAAGGAAAAAAUAGCACAAUUAAAUAAGCAUAUUGAUGCACAAACUACAAGAAUUACAGAAUUGUGCACAAGCAAUAAUGAUAUGAGUUCACGUCUACAAAGGACAGAAUGUGAACUACAGACAGCUAAUGCAGAAUUGGACAAAUUACGUGUAUUCCAAACACAAUACAAGGAAUCUUUGGCAAAAACACGCGAAUUAAGCAGGCAGAGUGUUCAAGGUGUUGAAAUUAAACUAGAGGAAAUAGCUGUACGCAGUCAUAAUCAAUUGGCUGAUCUACGUGCAAAAUUAGACUUUGAAACAGCAAAAAAUACAGAUCUUGAGACCAGGCUACGAAAUGAACAGGACUCUAAUCACUGUCGUGAAUCGAGAUUAAAUGUUGCUCUAGAGCUGGCUCAAAAUGAAUUGAAAGAUUGUCAAGAACAAUUACGUAUUAUACAGGCCACAUUACCAGCGAGAGAUGCCGAAAUUGAAGCUUUACGUAAACAGUUACAAGAUAGAACAAGACAAAUAGAUGAUCUGAAAGUAUCUGAGCAGAUACUUACAACAUUAAAUGAACAAGUGGAAAGAAUGAAUCUUGAAAACGAGCAGUUGAAGCAACAGUUGCAAGUCACUAAAACUGAUUUGGAUGAAACCAUGAUGAAUUUGGAGGAAAGUGAGGCACACGCCUUAAAACUUGAAAAAGCAGCACAAGAUAAGAUUGCAUUGCAGAAAAGGUUACAGGACUCUCUGGAAAAAGAAGAAGAACAAAUGCGCAAGGUUGGCAAUUUAGAGGAAUUGUUAAAACGUUUAGAGCAUAGCGUCACAAAGUUGGAAGCGGAAAAUGCUAGUCUUAGACGAUCGGAUAAGAUAGAAUCUAUAACUCGUGCAGUAAUUACUGAAGCUACAAGUACAAAACUCGCUUAUCGACCGGAAGAAACGGAGAAACUGCAACAGCAACUUGAUGUUUUGAGGGAAGAUGUGGCAGCUGAGAAACAAACGGCAAAACAAGCUCAAUUGGCUCUAUGGAAAAAGGAGAAGGAAUUAUCGGAUGCAAAUCUGGACAAACGUAUAGCUACGAGGGAAGCUAAGAGGGCUGAAGAAAAGAUCAAAUCGUUACAGGAAGAAAAACAAAAGUUACAAGAAAGAUUAACAAGUAAAGCGAAAGAGGAAGAAGAGAAUUCCAAAAAACUGUUGAAAGAAUUAGACAUUGCAAAAGCGUCGUUAACUGAUGUCACAAGAGAAGCAUCUAGGAAUAAGAUGCAAGCCGAUUCAGCCCAAAGGGCUUUGACUCAAGGCAAUCGUCAGAUCGAAGAACUUCAGUCUACAAGCGCGUCGUUACGUAGAGAAUUAGAUGCUAUUCGCAAGCAAAUGCGAUUGAAUCAAGACCGUUUAGACAAUCUGAGCAGCGAGAACAAACGUUUGACGCAGAACGCUGCUAGACAUAACGAAGAGAAGACCUGGCUUGAGUCUAAAAUAACGAAAUUCGAGCAAGACAUUAAGGGUUACGAAAUAAAUAUCGAGCUUCUGAAGGACACUUGUACGGUGCUAGAGGAACAAUUGAUAGACUACGAGCGAUUGACGACCGAUCACGAGACGCGCGAGAACACGUUGAUUCAGGAUAAAAUGAAACUACAGAAAGACUUGGAGGCCGCCGAAACCAAAGUGCGCGAGGCACGUGUCGCACAGAAUGAAGAGAAAACGCGGCGAUUAGUGGCCGAGCGUAAUAUCGAGCAGUUGGAGUCGGAAACGAGUGAUAUAGAGAGCGAAAGGGACAGCCUCAUAGCUCAGAGAGAUCAAUACAAGCAACUUGUGCAGGAACUCAACGUACAAGUGAAGGAGCUGACCGUGAAGUGCGGCGAGAUGGAGUGCGACCUGUCGAAGAUCCGUCGCGCUUUAGAGGCCGCCAAGGCAGAGUCGAGAAUCGUGAAGGAGGAAGCCAGCGAGCACUUGACGUCGUUGUACGAGUUGAAAGAAGUGAAUUUCGGACUCAUGUCCGAUCUGCAGAGCAGCGUAGAUCAAGGGCAAGAGCUGAGGUUGCGGAUAGCAGAGUUGGAGGAUGCCUGCUUGGAGAUGCGGCAGUUAUAUCAGGAGAGAGAAGUGAAGGCUGAGAGCACCAUACAACAGCAGAAUAAGCUGAUCAAUUACUUGCAACUGCAACUGGAGGAGUCCAACAAGAAAAAGAAGACCGUGUGCGAUAAGAUACUCGGCACCAAGCAGAAGGAAAACGUGCCUCCGGUGGGCACAGGUAUGCUAGUGGGAUAUCGUGAACUGGAGAAUCAACUCGCCAAGGAACGAGUGAAGGUGAAAACACUGACGGAUCAGCUGCUGGUCUUGAAGUCUAUGACCACGUCGGCGCCUACGUCUCCCACGUCAUCGGACAGCAAGAGGGCAGCGAAGACUGCUGCUGCUGCUGCUGCUGCUGCUGCUGCUGCUACUACUACUACUACUACUAAUAUUACUACUACUACUACGAAGACCGGUAGCUCUUUGAUUCGAGAAUUAUCCCCACAGAGGAUAGGACACAACAUCCCGCACCGAUUCGACGUCGGAUUGCCAAUGCGUGCUGGCAAGUGCGCUGCGUGUUCGGAGACUAUACCAUUUGGAAGACGCGCCACGAUCUGCAGCGAGUGUCAGAUCAUGACGCAUUUGAAAUGCACGCUAUCCGUACCAGCCAGUUGCGGCCUACCGAGUGGUUUCCCGAAAUACUGCUACAAGGAUCAUCAGACCAGCGAUGAGAGUCUAGCAUCGAUAGGAGACAGUGUCCAGACAUUGGCGAUCGAUCAGCCAGAUAAACCGGACCUGGAGCUACAGAGUACUCAAUAUAAGGAUAACAAUAAGAAUGCUGUUAUGGAAGGAUGGGUGAAAGUUCCUGGUAGGACACAAUCUUGCUGGGAAAGAAAAUAUCUGAAGUUGGAAGGAUCAUGCUUAUGCGUCUACGAGCACCAACCGUGCCCGGGAAUGACACCGAUCAAUCGUUUAGAUCUAAUGGAGAACAGUGGGUUCAACGUUUCAGAGACGGUAGAGCAACCUGACGUAUUGGGAACGGCCAAAUCCGACGUACCGUUUAUCUUCAGGAUACAAUCAAACUCUACAACCACUUGCUGGCCUUCGUUCAGAUUGGACGUGAUGGCCCUGAGUCAAACCGACAAGAAAGAAUGGUUGAAAGCUUUAAAGACCAUCACCAGUCAAUGUUUGUACAGUACAGUACCUAGGUAUAAAAAAUAUGAAACUGUACUUAGAUUGGAAAAACAUCAGUUGGAUUUAAACUGCGUAGUAGAUCUGGAUACAGAAAAUGUAAUCUUAUUGGGCGCAAAAGAAGGCUUGUUUUCGUAUUGCCCUUCUAAAUCUCAAACACUCACCACGAUACGAGGCGUCAAGCUGAUACACCAGCUAUCUCUGUAUUCCCAAUUGGAUCUAGCUUUAAUGAUAGCUGGUGAAUAUAGAGAAUUGGUGUACUGCAACUUGAGGUUGCUGAAAAGUAACGCGUUAGCUGCUGACUGUUCUAGGCCAGCGAUCAGUACGAGAAGUGUGCUAUCUACUUCUGACAGUUGUCAUCUUUAUCAAAUGCAAAGGGACCUAUUAUGUGCUGCAACUGAGUCUCGUAUAAUAUUACUUAUGUGGAGAACUGAAGAAAAUUUUGGAGAGUUUGUCGAAUUUCGUGAACUGGAGACUCAGGGCCCUUGUAAUUGCGCGAUAUUUACUUCAAAUCUCCUUAUCGUAGGAUGUCACAAGUUCUUUCAGAUUGAUUUGCAAACUUUUAAUGUAGAUGAAUUCCCAGACAAAGAUGAUAGCUCGGUCAAGGCGGGAAUGUCGGACGCAGCUAAACAUGGUAUUUUUCCUGUUUGCGUCUUGAAUAUUUCCAAUAUACAUGGCACAGCUGAACUUCUAUUAUGUUAUAAUGGAUUUGGCGUAUUUGUGGAUGAAACUGGUAGAAGAACUCGCGCCGUUGAUCCAGUAUGGAGCCACUUUCCAUUUACUUUCGCAUUCUGCAAACCAUACUUAUUUAUUAUUCAUUUUUCAUCCGUUGAGAUAGUGAAACUCGAUUCUGAGGCAUAUAGUACGCCGGAAAGAAAUCCCGAACGUAUGCUAAUUGAAUUAUCUAGUUUACGUUAUCUAGGCACAUCUAGCUCAAGAGGAAUUUACGUGGCGGUUAUAAAUACUUAUCUUGAUGUACUGAAGAUUAAUGGUUCUAAUAUGUCAGCAUUGAGUGGCAGUUUAACAAGUCUGGAUACACUAGCUCAAGAAAACGAGAGUAGUUCAGAAUUUAGUUUUACUUCGAGCUUGAUGGAGGCUUUAGAUGGACAGGGAAAGAAAGUGCACUUCGCUGAUAUGCAAAAAUAUUAAUAUACACUUUCACUAUACAUGAAAUAUGAUUUCAUUAUCAUAUUUUGGACAAUGCAGUUAUAUCAGACUGUGAUGCAAAAAGCGAGAAAUUAUGCAUGAGUUAUUCGUAAAGUAAUACAAAACGAAAAACUUUUGUUAUCUUUUAUUGAUUUAUAUCGUCAAUUAAUGGCACAAUGAUACAAUGACACAAAUUUCUAUUUAUCAUGACUAUAACUCAAAGAAUUCAAAUGGUUUCUCGUUUUUAACGUCAUACGUCGAGACAAAAAUUGUAAUUAAUGAAAAGCCUUAAUUAAUACUAGAAAACAAAAUUUUGGAAAUAUUUACAGAUAGUAUUAAAUAUUAUUUCUUAUGUAGUUUAGCUUUAUUUUCUUGGAGUACAAUUACAUAAGAAUAUCUCGAUAAAUUCGGUUAUAAGAGUUUAUUUACAAAUAACAAUAAGUGUACUUAAGUGAUUAUAUUAUGUAAAUUAAUAUUCAUGACAAAAGAGGGAAAAAGAGACCG